AUGGUAGGUAUCUUAGUAGAUAGGGAUCUCAGGGAGCUGGUGGUUGAUGUUAAGAGGGUGAACGAUAUAUUGAUGGCUGUUAAGCUAGAAGUUGGUGGACUCACUUUAAGUGUGGUUAGUGCAUAUGCACCGCAAGCGGGCUUGAGAGAGGAGGUCAAGAGGCAAUUCUGGGAGUAUUUAGAUGAGGUGGUACGUGGUAUUCCGCACUCCGAUAAGAUUUUCAUAAGAAGAGAUUUUAAUAGUCAUAUUGGGGAGACGACUAGGGGUUAUGAUGAUGUGCAUGGCGAGUUCGAUUUUGGGGUUGGGAAUGAAGGUGGUAAAGUAGAAGCAAAAAAAGCAACGUAUAUGAAGCUAGUGGAGAACGCCGACGAGGAGGAGAUGAGGACGCUUAGGAAGCAUUACAAGAAGGCUAAGAAAAAGGCGAAGCUGGUGGUCAUGGCGGCUAAGACCAUAACAUUUGAACGCUUGUAUGCGGAACUUGGGGCAGAGGCGGUGACAAGAGACUGUUCAGAUUAA